AUGCUUAAAUUACGAGAAGACUUGCAAUUCAUACCUACCAUUAGGAAUGCAACUGAUUCGAGGGAGGCACUCAAAGCAGCAAUCAGAGCUGAAAAAGAAGCAAAAAAAAGAAAAGAGUUAGAAGACCAUAUCCAAAAAUUGAAAAACCAGGUACAAAAAUUAACGGAAAAGUAUAACGUAUCUGCUGUUUUUAAUGAAAAUGAGUCAGGAGUAUUGGAUAUGGAAUUUGAGUGGCAUGUCAGAUAUGGAAAGGAGGGUCGCUGUGAUAAGAAUUGUCUAACCAAGAAUGAUUCUAUCAGGAAGAUAUCCCAACCCAUUAAGAUAUGA